AAAAACAAUUAUGAAAAACAAAAAACUCAUAAUCCCCAAGUGAAAUUUUCAAAAUAAUUUUACAAUGCGUGUAUCCAACCGAUUGGCGAUUAGUAUAUAAAGACCAAAGCGGAAUGAAAUGCUCAGCAUUCAGCGAACAAUCUUAGAAGUAAUUUCCCCUUAGUUCAAAAUUCUCAAUCAGUGUAGAUUAACUUAAAACAGAAAUCAAAAACACAACAAUGGUGAAAACAAUUCCAGGAAAGAGAUUGAAUUCAACAAGAAAACGCAAAAGAUUUGAAAACAUAUGUAAAUCAGAAUCCUUGUACAAUUUCUCAUUGUCUUCUUCAAAAAUCCAGAAUCCUGUUUUUCGAAAACUUCAAUCAACAGCUGUAAAUUUCAUUCCAAAAACCCUAGAAAACAAUCAAUUCCCAGUAACUCCAGCUUCUUUAAAGAAACAAAGAUUCAUAAGAUCACCAAGUUUUUCUUCAACUUAUGCUACUUGUUCUUCUCCUUGUCCUGAUUCUCCUUCCACUUCCAUUUCUUCGCCAUCUUUUCUUCCAUUUUUUGAAAGUACUCUUUCUGGCCCGAUCAAAUUCGUCUUGGAUUCAACCCCUAAAGAAGAGUACACAUAUUUUAAGAGUAUGAGGAUGAUAAAGCAAGAAACAGAUUCAUCACCCUCUGUAAGUCGAAACUUGAUGAAUCGAUUUCCUCCGCUCCCACCAAAACCAUCGCCAAAGCUUCUAUUAAGGAGAACUAUUUCUGACCCUGUUCCAUAUUUGUCUGAUACUACGAAAGAGGAUGAAAAGGUGAAGAUGAAAGAAGAAUCAGUGAAAGUAGAAAAGGUUUCUGGGGAAUCAAUUUUGAUAAAAUUAAAAUGUGGAUGUGGUUCUGAUUCCCUAUUACUCUUCAAUUACACUGACAACAAAUGCUAUAGGCUGAUAUGAGUUUUCUAGAUUAAUUCUAAGAUUACAAUUUUUGUAGAUUCAAAAGGGGUAAAUCAGCAGAUUACGUUCUUGUAAUGUUCAAUGUUCAUGUCAUGGUUUAGAUUUUAGUCUUUUAGUAAGUAGAGUAAUUCUUUUAGGUUGUUGAUAUUGUGUUGUAUAGAGAUUAUUAGUUUCUUGUGCUUAAUUGUGCCCAAUUGAAGAUAUUCUACUUAACUGAAUUCUAUGUAAUGAUUAGUUUUUAAAAUAGUUUUGGUAUGAGAAUUUUAUAGUGGUCCAUUUUUAAAAUUAGCUAUUUGUUCAUUUUACUUUGCAUUUUUAUUUUAAAAAAUAUUUUUCUAUAUUUUUAAUUGUUAUCUACAUAUUUUUAUUAUUUUUUUAAUCAUAUUCAUGUAAAGGGUUGCGCAUUAGUCGUACGAAAAUCGAGUAUUUGCCUGUGACUUUAGUGGGACAACACCGGUAGGUGAACCAGAGGUGUCCAUUGAUAAAGCAGUUGUUAAAAAGUACGAUCAAAUACAAGUAUUUGGGAUCGAUCAUUCAAAGGGAUGGGAGAUAGACGGAGAUGUAAAUCAUCGUAUACAAGCGGGUUGACUCAAGUGGCGAGCAACCACCGCGGUGCUAUGUGAUAGAAAAUUCCCAAGCAAGUUGAAAGGAAAAUUCUACCGGGCGUUAAUCAGACUUGCUCUGCUAUAUGGGAUAGAAUGUUGGCCUGUAAUGAAGAUUUUCGAACAUAAGAUGGAAGCUACAUAAAUGCGUAUAUUGAAGUGGAAGUGUGGGCACAUAUUGAUAUCGAAUUAGGAACUAAGAGUUUAGGGAAAAUUAGGGGUAGCCCCUAUUUCCGGAAAAAUGCUCGAAAAUAAAUUGAAGUGGUUUGAACAUGUAUAGAGAAAGAUUUUCGCCGCCCCUGUGAGGAGGGUAGAAAGCAUUAUAGUAGAGGGUAAGAGGAGUCGAGGAAGACCUAGGAGAACUUGAGAUGAGCAAAUAAAAGUUGACUUACAUGAGUUAAACCUCUUUGACUAGGGAUAGGGGUAGUUGGAGGCGUCAUAUCCAUGUUUUAGAGUACUGAUGUCUUCUUAGGUUACCUUUUGGUGUUCUUGCCAUCUUAUUUCUCUCGUCUCGUUUAUUAUUAGUUUUGUUUUCUUUCUAGUCUCUUUUAAAGACUUAGGUUCUACUUCUUUAUUUUAUUUAUAUGUAUUUAUUUUAUCUUUCUCGUGUAGUUACAUUUUCUUA